AGAAGACAGAGUCAGACAGCAGAUCCAGUGAGAGAGUGUGAGGAACAGAGACAAGAGAGACAGACUUUUUACCUCUCUACCUGUGGAUGACUUCCUGAGCAACACACCAGCAAACUUCUGCAGUUCUCUAUCGGAUUACCACGCCAGCAUUUCUCUCUCAAAUCAAGAUUUAUCAUGAAGCUCUUACUGUUGUCUGUGGUGGCGCUGUUCCUGGUGGUGGGAGCUAGCACUGCAGAAAGAAUCCUGUCAAGAAGGACCAAGAGGGAGCUCGCCAGUCCGCUCCAUGUUGGAGGCAUCAGGGACCCGUUUGGCUCCUACUGCGAGAGGAGAGGAGGCUGCUGCCCCGGCAGAGACGACCUGUGCACGGUUCCCUACCUGGACACCAUCUGCUACUGCGACCUGUUCUGCAACCGGACCAUCGCUGAUUGCUGCCCUGACUUCUGGGGACAUUGUCUCGGCGUGGAGCCACCUUUCAUAGGCACCUGUGAAAGAAAUGGAAACAAGUUCUUUUCUGGGCAAACAUACAAAGAGAACUGCAAUUUAUGUACAUGUGGGACCACAGCACGAUGGGAGUGUGAGCAGAACGCCUGUCUGAUGGAGCCGGACGUUAUCCACGCAAUUAACAGAGGCAACUAUGGAUGGAAUGCAGCCAACUACAGUCAGCUCUACGGCAUGACUCUGGACGAGGGCAUCCGCUUCCGCCUGGGCACACAGAGACCCUCCAGGACUAUUAUGAACAUGAAUGAGAUGCAGAUGAACAUGGACCCUGAGAGUGACGGUCUGCCUCUCUACUUCAACUCGGCAGAGAAGUGGCCAGGAAAGAUCCAUGAACCGCUGGACCAGGGCAACUGUGCUGCAUCCUGGGCUUUCUCAACUGCAGCUGUGGCAUCAGACAGAAUCUCCAUCCAGUCAAUGGGUCACAUGACUCCUCAGCUGUCCCCACAAAAUCUUAUUUCCUGUGACACGCGCAAUCAGGGAGGGUGUGAUGGGGGGCGCAUCGAUGGAGCCUGGUGGUUCCUCCGACGUAGAGGAGUGGUGACAGAAAACUGUUAUCCAUACCAACCCCCGCAGCAAACACCAGUGGAGGUGGGCCGCUGUAUGAUGCAGAGUCGCUCCGUCGGCCGGGGGAAGAGGCAGGCCACACAGCGCUGCCCCAACACACACAACUACCAAAACGACAUCUACCAGUCCACACCGCCCUACAGGCUGUCAUCCAAUGAAAAGGAGAUCAUGAAGGAGAUUAUGGAUAAUGGCCCUGUGCAAGCUAUUAUGGAGGUCCAUGAGGACUUCUUUGUCUAUAAGAAUGGGAUCUAUAAGCACACUGAUGUCAGCUUCACCAAACCUCCACAAUACCGCAAACACGGCACACACUCAAUCAGGAUCACUGGGUGGGGCGAAGAGAGAAACUUUGAUGGUACAUCAAAAAAAUAUUGGAUUGCUGCCAACUCCUGGGGAAAGAACUGGGGAGAGAACGGCUACUUCCGUAUCGCUCGUGGGGACAAUGAGUGUGAGAUUGAAACGUUUGUGAUUGGUGUGUGGGGCAGAAUCACGAUGGAGGACAUGCACAGCCAUCAUCACCAACAUCGUCGCCGGCACAUUUAGAGACACGAUGUUAAAACCCUUACAGAGACCUUUUGUUUUUAAUCCCACCUAUUGAUGUUUUUCACCCCAGAGAAGAACCACACCAAGAGUCUCAGAACUUCAGCACAUCCCCUUACGCAUCAAGUUGGCUGGGACAGCCUCAAAAUCAACCCCAGAGCCCCUUAACCCUCUCAUUUUAUACCUUACUUCACUCUGGGGAUCCACACAACCCCUCUUCUCAUCCAUCUUUACCCUGUUUAAGAGAACAGCCUUCCCCACUCUUCCUGUAACUCAAGGUUUAUGGCACCAAAACAACAAAGAAACUCAACUAAGCUGACGCUCUUUUGCGUCGCCUUACACUUAGGCACCUCAGGUACCUACUGAUCCAAAGACCACACUUCCCAGAAUCCUCAACGUAAUAUCUGGUGAGACAUGUCAAAGCUGGGUGAUGACAAAAGCAAAAGCUCAGUCUGAUCUGUUUAUUCUUCUUUGCGCUUCUUUGUCCAUCUGAAACCUCGGUCUUUUCUAAAUCUAUAAUCUAGACAGACCCAAUUUCAGACGGACAGUUUGAAAAAGAGGAUAUCCGAGAGGCAGAUAAUCAGACAUCAGACCCUUUCAAAGAGACACACCCAGCUGAACUGUGUAACAUGAUAAUACAUCAUAGAUGACCUCACUGACAUUUACUUACUGUCAGUUAUACCGAGUUCACAGUACGGCUAAUUCCCUCAGUUUUAGAGAGGACACUUAAAUGGAGUUAAUAGCUGUGGAGUUUCUCACAUAUUCCAGUAAACUUGUAGAAUCUGACACUAGAAACAGUAGAAGAUUUCAUGUGGAGUAUUAAGAUUACAAAAACUCGGAUUUGGGAUUUUAAGAGGUUUUACAGCAACAGUACUGGACAUUUUAAAGCAAUUCAAUAAUGAAUUAAAUUAAAUCUUAGCCCUUGAGAUUAGAUAAGAUUAAACAUGUAUCAUUUGGCUGUAGGUGAAAUAAAUAAUUUAAGUAAAACUUAAUAAGAAAAGUCACCACUGACAAUGAACAUAUACAUAAAAGCCAUGCUGCCAUUCUUGACACCACAAUCCCAUUUAAAAGAUGAAUCCCUGAUGCGUUAAACAGAGAGCUUUUGACCACUGCGAAAGACAGUGUUAGUGUAUAGUAGUCUUAAUUAGCUCCGUUCUGUGUACACUGUUACAACAUGAGCUAAAGAAAGUUAUUUUUUUGUUGCAGUUAUGUUGUGAAGUUUUAUUUUACUACUUGUUUUUACGAUGUACUGUAUGUAUUAACUUUCAUUACGCGCUCAUCACUCAGUCGCUGUUGUUCUUGAGCUUCUACAUAGUUGUAACUGUUUGACCACAGCGAGGAGGAUGAGGUGGGGGGGGGGGGGUACUGCUGCUAAAGUCCGGUCUGUGCUUCAUGUUUUCACUGCAGAGUCUGUAGUUUGAUGCUUUUCAUACGUAAUAAACAUGUAAAGCCACUUCUAACUAACGCAGAAACACUUCAAGUCACACAGGUUGCAUAUGAGCUGUUUGGCUUUAUAUUCUCAUUUUCAUUUUUAGUGUUUGUAUGAAAACUUAACACCUUCCAACUUAUCAGCCGUGUGACUUUCUUUGCUACACUGCUUUGUGACGUCUUAAUUUCAGGCUAAUUGAGGAAUUUUCAGAUCUUUCUGGAGCACAUCCUCACUUGAAAAGGAAAGAAUGGUGUAUUAUUACCACUUACCUUACAUCCUGGUGUGCUUUAGCUGUAACUUCAAAAGGCUUUUUCCAUUUCUAUAUCAUCACGUCUUGUGAUCUUUAAGGUCCUUCUAUCAUCUUCUUCAGGCAUGGGUAAGCAGAAAGGCAUAAAAGCAAAGAGAAAUGUCUGGAUGGACAGGCAAUGUGCAAUGUGGUGGAUAGAUAAGCAGUUCGUUGCAUGUUUUCUCAUGCAAAAUCUUUGCUUUUAUUCUGAAGUGAGCGAGGGCAGUGGAAGAUGAAGAGCAGCCCAUCAACAUGAGAUGCACAACAGGUUUACAAUAAAGACGAGAAGGACAAUUUGAAACUGAGCUCUUUGGCCUGAAGAGUGAUUAUGUCAAUCUUCUGUCAGCAGAAAGAAGGAGAUUCUUCUUUUCUAUAUUUUCAUAUAUCUGUGGGCAUGUUGCUAUAGCUCCUUUACAAGAGAGACAAAUACGGACAAAACUAACAUUGUUAGAUUGGUUUGCGUCACUGUUUUGCAAUCCUCAUUGAAAGUACAGAGUUUACUCGCGUUUUGUUUCAUUACAAUUUAUUUCCACCAGAUGUUGGGUAAUCUUUAAUAUUUAUUUAUCGAAGAUAUUCCAUGCCCUCUUCAAGGGCAGCACCAACAUUGGAUAAGUGAGUUCUGUACUUGGUGUGUAUCAGUGGGCUGAGAAAGGUUACUGUUUUCAUGCUGAAGGAAGUAUUGGAAUCAUUUAGUUUCCAUUGAGUAGAUGCAUUUGAUUGUCAGUCUCCAUCUAUUUAGCUGACAGUGAGUUGCAUUAACAGUCAUUCAGGUUUAUUGUUAGCUUGGACCUAAAUGAUGAUACUGAAUGUUUAGAAGAGGGCUUACCAAAACUCUUAUAACAUUCUCAAAUAAAUGUGCACGAACAUGCGUUACUUAAAUUAUGAUUAUAUAUUUUUCAGAUGGGACCAAUAAUAACUAUAUCAUUAAAGCUCAAAACUCAAAUUUAUUCCAUAGAAACGUGUCUUACUUUCAGCAACAGUUUUCUCCAGCACAACCUCUCCUCAUAAUAACAACAACAACCCAGGAGCUGCAGCAGACAUCCACUCAGAAGUUGUGUAUUUUAUGUAAAAUGAACCACUCCAUAUUCACUGAUGUGUAGGCUUUAUUUAUGACAAGAUGUGUAAAUUAUAUACUGUACUUUUACUCCUUGUUUUCCUGUGCAAUGUUUUAUUAUCUCUCUGUCUCUUGUUUUGUGUGCACUAAAUGCAAUACCACAUUAGUAUUCACUUGUGCGGCACAAUAAAGUCUUUCCAAAACCA